AAUCCCAGGUGCCCCACUUGCCUUUGUUUCUCUCUCUCUGUGUCUCUCUGCGUCUCUCGGGGUCUCUGUCGUUCUCUCUCUCUCUGAAGUUACUCCACUGCAGUCAUGGAUGAUGUGUAUAAAGCAGCGGUUGAGAACUUGACUGAAGAGCAGAAGAAUGAGUUUAAGGCUGCGUUCGAUAUCUUUAUCCAGGAUGCGGAGGACGGGUGUAUCAGUACCAAGGAGCUGGGGAAGGUGAUGAGGAUGCUGGGACAGAACCCCACACCAGAAGAGCUGACAGAGAUGAUAGACGAGGUGGAUGAGGAUGGCAGUGGCACGGUGGAUUUCGAUGAGUUCCUCGUCAUGAUGGUGAGGUGUAUGAAGGAGGAGAGUAAGGGCAAAUCAGAGGAGGAGCUGGCUGAACUCUUCAGAAUGUUCGACAAGAACUGCGACGGCUACAUUGACCUGGAGGAGCUGAAGAUGAUGCUGGAGGAGACGGGAGAGACCAUCACUGAGGACGACAUCGAGGAGCUGAUGAGAGACGGAGAUAAAAACAACGAUGGCAAAAUCGACUACGACGAAUUCCUGGAGUUCAUGAAGGGAGUGGAAUAAAUCUUCAGAAAUAUAAAAUAAUAAAUCAGAACCUGCCAGCAACACAGCCCCCCUGAAUCGAUCACCGCAACAUUAGUAGUACCUGUAUGUAUAGUGUAAUCUCUACCCCUGUAUGUAUAGUGUAAUCUCUACCCCUGUAUUCAUAGUGUAAUCUCUACCCCUGUAUGUAUAGUGUAAUCUCUACCCCUGUAUGUAUAGUGUAAUCUCUACCACUGUAUGUAUAGUGUAAUCUCUACCCCUGUAUGUAUAGUGUAAUCUCUACCCCUGUAUGUAUAGUGUAAUCUCUACCCCUGUAUGUAUAGUGUAAUCCCUACCCCUGUAUUCAUAGUGUAAUCUCUACCCCUGUAUGUAUAGUGUAAUCUCUACCCCUGUAUUCAUAGUGUAAUCCCUACCCCUGUAUUCAUAGUGUAAUCUCUACCCCUGUAUUCAUAGUGUAAUCUCUACCCCUGUAUUCAUAGUGUAAUCUCUACCCCUGUAUGUAUAGUGUAAUCUCUACCCCUGUAUUCAUAGUGUAAUCCCUACCCCUGUAUUCAUAGUGUAAUCUCUACCCCUGUAUUCAUAGUGUAAUCUCUACCCCUGUAUGUAUAGUGUAAUCUCUACCCCUGUAUUCAUAGUGUAAUCCCUACCCCUGUAUUCAUAGUGUAAACUGGAUUUUCAAUAAAACAAAAUGGAAAAGCGGAA